UAUAAAGUAAGUUUACAGUUAUUAAUUAUAAUUAUAGUCCACUGACACAGACGGAUGUUGAUAAUGUCCUCAUUCAGGACUCACUUCAGUUGAUUCAAUGUCUGGUCUAUAGUUCACCACACUUUGAGACCACAAUCCAAGUAUUUCCUCUCUUACGGCAAUUAAUACAAGACAAACAGACAGACCCUGAAGUGAUCAGCGAAUCUUUGUGGACAGUCUUCGUAUGCAACGAGCGAUUCUCAAAAUGGCGACAAUUGAUGGUCACAUCUAAAGUCUUGAAACAUAUAAUUCAACACUGGAUUGACUUCAAAAACAGCGACGCUAUAGUAAAGCCAGCGUUUGGUAUAAUCGCCGGUCUUAUGGCCCGACACCCGAACUACAAGAAGCAUCUGUUGGCCGCUGACAAUGAGUUUCUUCGCGGUCUCUCAAUUCUGGCCAAUCAUAACGAUCUGAACAAGUUUUACACGAUGUCUGUCAUUCAGUUGGCGUCAAUGAGAGCCAUUGAAAAUAGAUAUCAAAACGUCGUUCAACACAUCCAGCAAUUAAUUGACGGCAAAGCCAUUGAAAUGUGUGUUCAAUCGCUUCAAACCGAUGGCUCAAUGAAAGUAAAGAAAAGUGCAUUGAAUGCCAUUAUUGUUGCCGUAUAUAAAGCCAGUGACGAUCAACGGGAUUCAAUUGGCCGAGUCCUAUGGGACCAAAACGGCUGGCGUUCAGCCCUUUUAAGUCAAUACCAACGCAAAGAGCUCUCCCGGACACCACAUCUGGCGUGUAGUGCAUGUCUGUCACCGCCGGAUACGCCACCCGAACGGCAGAUAACUCUUUACCAAUUUGUUUGUAUAGUUCUUCGGGCGGAUCCAAUACCGAUCGGUUCCAGUGUUGGGCCAAUAGAUAUGCGUCAAUAUCUGUCCAUUUUGUUGCUGUUAUUGUUGCGAGUGAUUGGUUUAGUUGGGAAAUAA